AUGUCUAAAAAUAUAAGUGAACUUGAAGAGCUCAUAAAAUGUAAUCUUUCUAUUAUUGAAAACCAAUUAUCAUCAUCCACAUCUCAAGAUAAUGAUUUUCAGCAAAUGUUAAACAAUCUUAUUAAUUUAAUAAACAGAACAAUUGUUGCUUCUAAACAUUGUAAAAAACUUGUUCAGGAGCAAAAUGAAGAAAUUAAAAGUUUUCUAUUAGUCAAUACAAACUUGGUGUGUGAGGUUGAACAUUAUAAAAUUUUUGGUGCAAACAUAUUUUAUACUGUUAAUUGA